UAGAUUCUUCUUCUUCCGAGUCUUAAAAGCUGAUUCGCUCGCUGGGUGGGACUAAUCUUCAUCGCUUACAAGCUCUCUGGGUCUUUUCUUUGAAUCUUGAAAGGAAAUGGGAAGAGAGAAGAGCCCUGGCUUGAAGAUCCUCUGGAUAUGGACUAUUGGCACUGCUGCUAUAUUGGUGACGAGUGUUGUCCGCACAAGAAUGCAGGAUAUGCAAUCAAUGAUGAACCAGAACCAGGAACAAGCACCGAAAGAAAACCAGAACGUAAGUGCAGGUGAUUCUUCCGUCUUAACGGAUGAAACAGUUUUGCCUGAGUCUGAUCGAGAGAUUGCAAAAGAGCUUAAAUAAAGAAGAGCAUGGUUCUAUUGUUGUUUUCCUUUUCCUCUCUUCCUUUUUUCAGUCCUCGAUGAAGAUGACGAAACAUGUUUUAAUGGUUUUGGUAUUAGUUUGCGAGUAUGAGUAGAUGUUUCUAGGAAAAUAACUUGAAAAGUGAAUCGGCCAGGAAGCUUGAUGAGGAGUGUUUAGCAGUUUUUUUGUGUGAAUAUUUUCCCUUGCAAGGAUGAUAUAUUAUAAAGAAGCUAGCUAAUUUUUGUUUCUCUUAUGGUUUGUGUUGUGUUAUAUCAAGGCUACAAAAUAUGAAAUAUAGCUAUUGUCGUUUGAAACGACUUGUUAUCA